AUGAUUGAUGUUGUUGUCUCCUUCGUUGUGGAAAGACUUGGUGAACUACUCAUCGAACAAGUUGUUUUUUUACGAGGAGUGAGAGAUGAAGUGACAUGGUUGAAAGGGACAUUGAACAUGAUAUUGUGCUUCUUGAAAGAUGCAGAAGAAAAACAGGAUGGAGACCACCGAGUGCGCCAGUGGAGAGUGGCUUAUGAUGCCGAGGAUAUUAUUGACAACUUUAUUCUCAAAGUAGAAGAGGGAGAAGGGACUCCAAAAAAGAUGGGGCUAAAAGGUUGCUUUCAGAAGUAUUUUUGCAUUUGCAGCAAACAUGCUAGCCUUAUCGAACAGGCAAAUCUCUAUGGUAUAGGAAAAGAAAUAGACACACUGAAGAAGAGGCUUGAGGAGAUCCAACGAAAUUGGGAAAUUUUCAACAUUAGAGACAUAAAUGAUGGAAGAGAAGGAUCAGAUUGCAGGAAUGAGAGACUAAAUCAACUACGAAGAGAGACGCCAUAUGAAGACAAUGAGUUUGUUGUAGGCUUUCAAGAGGAUGCUGCGAAAUUGAUGUCUGAGCUUGUCAAGGAAGUCAAAUACCGAAGAGUGAUAUCAAUCGUGGGCAUGGGUGGCUUAGGUAAGACAACUAUAGCUUGGAAGCUUUACAACAACAAUAGUCUUAGAGAAAAUUUUGACUGCUAUGCUUGGGUUUCUGUGUCCAAAGAUUACAACAUCCAAGAUCUUCUUCGAAAAACAAUUAAAUCUUUCAAGAGGCCAACAAGCAAAGAGGAAUUUGAAUUUUUGAAGAAUAUGAAAGAAUUAGAUGAUUUGGAGUCUCAUUUACGUAAUUAUUUGGAAGGACGUAAAUACUUGGUGGUGGUUGAUAUAUGGGACGUAAAUGCUUGGGCAAGCUUGAGGAGAGCAGUCCCAGACAACAAAAAUGGAAGUAGGGUAAUUGUGACGACCCGAAGCAAAAUUGUUGCCGAGUGUUGCGACGAGAGACCGUAUGUCCAUGAGCUCCCAUUUUUGAAGGAAGGAGCAAGUUGGGAAUUGUUUUGUAAGAAAGCGUUUCCUACCUAUUACGAGGUUGGAGACAAGAAAUUUUUUUGUCUUCCAAGCUUGGAGGGUUUGGCAAGAGAAAUGGUCAGCAAAUGUCACGGCUUACCCCUAGCCUUAGUCGUAUUGGGAGGGGUACUGCACAGAAAACAUCCCGAUGAGUGGUUCAAGCUGAAAGACCAAAUAUGGCGCCAUGUAACGGAAGAGUCAGAUAAUGUCAAAUACAUAUUGGAAUUAAGCUUCAACGAUUUGCCUCAUCACUUGAAGUCGUGCUUUCUUUACUUGGGUUUGUUUUCAGAAGACUUUGAAAUUGAUGCGAGGAGACUCUGUUGGUUGUGGGAGGCGGAGGGUUUCAUAAAACUGGAUGAGAAACCUUUUGAAAUGGUGUAUCUGCAACAGCUGAUUGACAGAAGUUUGAUUCUAGUUUCAGAAAGAAACUGGAGGAGAAUCGUGAAAUGUCGCGUGCAUGAUUUGCUCCGUGAUCUUGCAAUCCGAAAGUCAAAGGAGCUAUAUUUCCUUCACUUAUAUGAUGGAGCUGAUCAUUCACUGCUCACUCCAAAUAGUCGACGACUGGCUUCACAUUGUGGAUUUCAGAGGUUUGUUUCAUUGGAUCAUUCAGAUAUGCACUCACGAACUCUCUUGUUUUUCAAUUGUGAAAACGAAUCCAAUGAGUUUGAAAUAGCACAGUUACGACCUUUAUGCAUGAAGUUGAGAUUACUAAGAGUGCUAGAUCUUGAGGGGCUUUCUUUCUGUACUUCCCCAGAAAGAGAGGAAAUAAGGCUACUUGAUGAAAUAGGGAAACUCCUUCACUUGAGGUACUUGGGGUUACGUGGCACAGAAAUAGAUCAGAUCUCGUCGUACAUCGGUAACUUACAUGCCCUACAAACGUUGGAGCUAAGUCCUUAUUAUCGUGCUUUUCCAGUUCAAUUACCUGACGAAAUAUGCUAUGCAAAGCAGCUAAGACAUUUAUUUGGAGCUUUCAAGUGGCCGUUUCUGGUGGACAAUUUGACUAAGCUUCAAACUCUCGGUCGGGUUGUAGUUGGGGAUCAGAUGGAGUUCAACCCAACGGUUUUGAUCAAUCUUCGUGUGCUCUGGGUAUCAUUUGAGGGAAGGGACAGGAGAAUCACGCUAGAUUCUAUCGGUGGAUUGAGAAACCUCCAAUUCUUGCUUCUAGAAGUUUAUUUACGCGACUCUGGUUCGUUCCCUGCAUUGCAACCGCUUUCUCAGAGCCAAAACCUCAUCCAAAUGACAUUGGUUUUCAGAGGAGCUUGGAAGUUGCCUGCAGAGGUCCACCAAUUCCCACCAAAUCUCAAAUACCUCUCGAUAGAUGCGGCGGAUCUUACUGAAGAUCCCUUUCCAGUGUUGGAGAAGCUUCCAAAUUUGACUGUUUUGGGGUUGGGGAUCUAUGGUGGAGCUAAAUUGGCUUGCUCUGCUGGAGGAUUCCCUCAACUUGAAAUCUUAGUAAUUAUUGGAAGUUCUGACGGGGAGCUUGAAGUGGAAGAAGGAGGAAUGUUGAUUCUUAAGGGUUUGCGAAUGAGUAAUUUUCAUCUUUCCAACAUUUCAGGGAGGCUAACCUCCAUCCCGGUGGCGCCCGAAAUCAAUUUUUUUUUAUACGCUUUACUAAGCAACAGAACUUGUUACAUGCGAAUAAUAGCUCGAGCGCUGUAAGAGGUGCAAAACAACCUUUGAUUGUCAGUU